CACAGACUCCAGACUCCACAAGAGUGCGUCGGACCUGACUCAUGCCUGGGCUUAGCAAGAGUCCAGCUUUUUUUCCCCCUUGCUCCCAGGUUGAGAGAAUGGGGUCCACACUGACAGAUUCUUGGCUCAGGUUCCCUCGCAAACAGAGACCAGACACCUAGGCACUGGACACCCGCGUACUGGGGGAAGUCCUCCCUCAGGGGACAUCACUCCAUGCCCUCUGAGGCUGGGGGACACUCCACAGUGCUCAGCAGGGCUUCCAGGGUAGCAGGCAAUGGCCCCCACCCCCAGAGUCACCAAGAGAAAGUGGGUGAUGGUGCUGAGUCACCCCGCACCCAUCCCGAUGUGUAAAAUGGAUUUUCAUUUCAAAACUGCGGCAGGCCUCCUCCCCCGGGAAGACUCACUUUUUGGGGCAGUCCCCCACCCCGACUCCAUGACAUCACUGGGGGAGAGGUUAUGUAACCCAGGACCACACACUCCUGAGAAGAGAAGAGAAGAGAAGAGAAGAAGCAGAGACGCCCGCUGAAGCUCUGAGGGCUCCCUCCUGGUCCAAGUUCCCACGGAUGGCAUCCCUCCCAGAGUCCCAGCCCUCCAACCUGAGCCAGCCCGGGAUCCCCAAUGCCACGUCGUGCGAGGGCCUGGCCGGGGGCGCAUGGGCGCAGGUGCAUGGGCUGCUGCCCGGCUUGCUGGCCGCCGUGUGCACGCUGGGCCUGGUGGGCAACCUGCUGGUGCUGGGCGUGCUGCUGCUGCCCGGCCGCCGCCUCCGGCCCCCCGAGAUCUACCUGGCCAACCUGGCCGCCUCCGACCUGGUCUUCGUGCUGGGCCUGCCCUUCUGGGCCUGGAACGUCCGGCGCCACUUCGACUGGCCCUUUGGGGGCCCGCUGUGCCGCCUGGUCAGUGGCACCAUGAAGGCCAACCUUUUCGUCAGCAUCUUCCUGGUGGUGGCCAUCAGCCACGACCGCUACCGUGCGCUGGUGUACCCGGUGGCCAGCCGGAGGCAGCGGCGGAGGAGGCGGGCUCAGGCCACCUGCCUGCUGGUCUGGCUGCUCGGGGGGCUCUUGAGCGUCCCCACCUUUCUGCUGAGGGCCACCCGGGAGGUGCCUGAGCUGGCCGUCCGCGCCUGUGUCCUGCAGCUGCCCAACCGGGGGCCCUGGCAUGUGGCCCGCCUGCUGGAGCUCACGGUGCUGGGCUUCCUCCUGCCGCUGGCUGCCCUCCUCUUCUUCAACAGCCACAUCCUGGCGUCCCUGCGGGACGGCCCGGGGAUCCGCAGGAGCGGGAGCCGGGGUCCCCGCGGUGCCAAGUCCUCGGCGCUGAUCCUGGCGCUGGUGGCGGCCUUCCUGGUGUGCUGGGCGCCCUACCACACCUUCGCCUUCCUAGAGGUGCUGCUGCGUCUGCAGGCACUGGGCGGCUGCUCCUGGGAGAACUUCACGGACUUGGGGCUGCAGUGGGCCAACGGCCUGGCCUUCCUCAACAGCUGCCUGAACCCCGUCAUCUACGUCUUCGUGGGCCGACUCUUCAGGGCCAGGGUCAGUGAGCUGUGGAAGUGGUGUGCCCCCCUGGCCGCCUCCCCCUACCGGACGGUCUGGAGGAGUUGAGGCAGAUGCCCAACUCCUGUUUCUUUUCCCCAUCUUUCCAACUUAAGGAGCGCUGGGGGCUCCCGUGGGGCUGUUCCUAUGCUAACGGGGAUUCUGUGACUGUGAGAAGGGGUCUCGGCAUGCGAGCAGAUCAUCCCGAUUGGCUCCUGUUUCUUUUCCCCAUCUUUCCAACUUAAGGAGUGUUGGGGAGGGGCUCCCCUGGGGCUGUUUCUAUGGUAGUGGGGAUUCUGUGACUGUGAGAAGGGGUCUCGGCAUGCGAGCAGAUCAUCCCGAUUGGCUGGGGUGGCCUGAUGUAGUCACAAAGCUCCAGGAAAGAGACGGAAGGCUGGGUGCUAUAGCAGGGGUGGAAAGAUCUGAGACGAGCCACUAGCCAAGGGGUGCUGGCAGCCCCAGACCAGGAACUGCACUGAGCCCUGGAACCUGCAAAAGGAGCCCGCCCCACUCACCUGGGCUGUCUCCCAGGAGGCACAAUGUGACAAUGAAUGUCAUGGUUUCAUGUGUGGGGUCAUUUGUCAGCCACCUCUGGGAGCCCUGGUUGUGCACAAGCUCAGAUCAGGCAGAAGAAUUGCAGCGUGAGGAAGGCAGAUGAGGUCCCAGAACAGGACAGGUCUCGGCAUGCACAAGGCCCUGGGUGUCAGCCCUGGCACUAACUGGAGCACCAUGGAGAGCAAUGGGCAGGGGGCAGGGUGCUGGUGCAGCAGGUUAAAUGCACAUAGUAUUAAGUGCAAGGACCUACGCGAAGAACAGGUUGAAGUCCCAGCUCCUCACCUGCAGCAGGGAAGCUUCACAAGUGGUGGUGAAGCAGGGCUGCAGGCGUCUCUCUGUCUCUCCCCCUCCCUCUCAACUUCUCUCUGUCCUGUCCAAUAAAAUGGAAAAAAAGUGGCCUCCAGGAGCAGUGGAUUCGUAGUGCCAGCACUGAGCUGGAGGAG